GAAUCAUCGUGGCUUCUAUGCGAUAAGUGGCUCAUCAGGGAUGUCUGUGGACCAAUAAUAAUGUAUUAUCUACCAUAUCUGGUACUAAUUUUUAUGUGUACCCAUGGGCCUCUUCGGUUGGAAGAACUAGACUAAAUUUUGAACGCAAAUGUGUGCAUGAUAAACUGAGACUUCCAGUUGAGACCUUCCAAGCAUCCAAACUGAAACGAAUGCAGAGCUGCCGCGUGGGAGGUGUUACAUUCGUGCCAUCCGUUUCGAACGAUUUCUUCACUUGAGCAGCCUACGUUUUUCCCAGACGGCUCCUAUGCCGUUUCUUUCUCCAUAACAAAUGGAGCCACUACCACCGCACUUCGUCAGUCAAGAAAUCAACAGUACAGUAUGGGAAGUUCCGGACAAAUACAAAUCUCUGAAACAGAUCGGAACAGGAGCGUAUGGCUCUGUCUGCUCAGCAUUGAACGACAAGACUAAAGAGAAAGUGGCCAUCAAGAAGCUGCACCGUCCGUUCCAGUCAGAGAUAUUCGCUAAACGAGCGUAUCGGGAGCUGAGGCUACUAAAACACAUGAAGCAUGAAAAUGUGAUAGGGCUACUGGAUGUGUUCUCACCUGCAACGUGUCUGGAGGACUUCCAUGACUUCUAUCUGGUGAUGCCAUACAUGUUCACAGACCUGUCUAAAGUGCGAGGACUUCUAUCAGAGGACCGUAUCCAGUUCCUUGUGUAUCAGAUGCUUUGUGGACUUAAGUACAUACACAGUGCAGGCAUCAUUCACAGGGACCUCAAACCUGGUAAUUUGGCUGUAAAUCAAGAUUGUGAACUCAAGAUUCUGGAUUUUGGCUUGGCUCGGCAUGCAGAGCCAGAGAUGACGGGCUAUGUUGUGACACGCUGGUACCGCGCCCCUGAGGUCAUUCUAAAUUGGAUGCACUACACCCAGACUGUGGAUAUUUGGUCUGUUGGUUGCAUCAUGGCAGAGAUGAUUAACGGGAAGACGCUCUUCAAAGGAAAAGACUAUAUGGAUCAGCUUACCCAGAUUAUGAAAGUAACAGGUGUACCUGGACCAGAUUUCAUUACGAAAUUGGACAGUCAGGAGGCAAAAACUUACAUUGCCUCUCUCCCACAUUUCCCUCGAAAAGACUUCCAUGCAUUGUGUCCUAGGGCCAGUCCAAAGGCUGUUGAUCUACUGGAAAAGAUGCUGGUGCUGGAUUCAGAAGCCCGUAUCACUGCUGAUGAGGCCCUAAAACACCCAUAUUUUGAUGGCCUGCGGGAUCCAGAGGACUGCCCUGUACCACUGCCAUAUGAUGACAGCCAUGACAAUGCAACACUGCCCCUAGAGGAGUGGAGGCACUUAUCUUUCAAGGAAGUGAAGAGCUUUGUGCCUUUCCCCAGAAGGGACUCAAAGAGGCGAAAUACAUUGACCAUUUCACAUUAAAUUCAAACAUAUUACACUACAUGGCAAUAUACACAAAUUUUAGCUCAAAUUAAUUGAAAUACAUCUAAUUGCCUUCUGAGAUACUGCAUCUCGUCUGAAACUGAGAUUGUAUUACAUGUUUUUGUGUUCAUGGGGGGAAUGGGGGCAUUUUUUUUUAAAUAAAUACAGUGACUGUA